CGACACGGUCACAUUUUCGUCGUGGAAAAGUGAGCGCGCGAAUCGAGAGUUGCAUUGUAUCGCGAGUUGCGAACGUACGACGACACACACGCACGCACGCAUUCACAGACCGAGAAAGUAGAGGGAGAGAGUAAAGAAAGAGAGAGAAAAAGAGAGACAACGAUGCGCGCCGUAUAUGUGUCGGUGAUCCUUGGAGUAGUAUUGCUACAGGCGAUUUAUGUGUCCGCCGGGCCGCCCGACUGGAUACCCGCGGAAAUGUUGGAGAUGGUUCAAGGCGACAAGGAACGGUGCAUGGCUGAACACGGCACGAGUCAAGCCCUUAUCGACCAGGUUAAUGAUGGACAGCUGUCGGACGAUCGUUCGAUAACAUGCUACAUGAAUUGCCUCCUCGACGCGUUCAGUCUGGUUGACGAAGAAGGUGAUCUAGAGACCGACAUGCUGAUUAGCGUCUUGCCCGAACAAUAUGUGGAGAUAGGCACCAAGAUCUUGAACAAAUGCGCCAAGCAAGACGGCGCGGAUCCGUGCGAGAAGAUAUACAACAUAGCAAAAUGCGUCCAAGCAACGGUGCCGGAACUGUGGUUCAUGGUUUAAUUCGACGCACGGAUGGAGCGCGUUUCACGACCGAGAGUGCCGACGUUCUCCGGAAUAUUUCGCGCACAACGUUACGAUCCGAAGCGAAUCGGAGGAAAAACGAAGCAGUAGCGAAGAAAUUCAAAUUAAAACGAGAAACCCCGAGAAAUGUCACUUGAAUUAUAACAAUAGCGAUUAAUUACGACGAGUGCACGUGUUGUGAGCUUUAAAGUGAGAACAAAAUUGUUACAAGAGAUGUGAAAUAUUAGACAAAUUAUAAAGAUGCAUUGAGAGAAACCGUGUUAGAAUCUGAACAACUAAUGCGUGUGCGUCCGCGUGUUUGAUUAAAUAAUUUUUUUGACUUUAA